CGAGCCAAAUAUUUCUAGUGGUUUCUCUUCUUGUCAUUGGCUGUGGAGAAUGCGCAUCCGCAUGCGCGGAUCAUUUUCUUGAUCGCAAGGACGGAGUCUGCAAUGACGUCAUCUUUUGAUCGAUAAUGGUGGAUCCGACACACCAGACUGAGGCAGCGAAAGUGUGACGUAUAAUGAAGGUCAAGGUGAUCAUCGCUUUGCUGUUUGCCCUCUGCGCGGGAAUUACUCACGCGGAAGUGACCUGGCCGUCCGGUACCUAUGGCCUUCCGAUGCCUGUGUCCGGUUGCCCUGACGACGAGACGGUGAGCUGGAAAAAAGGUUGGACAUACCACGAUACAGAAGAUGACAACAAUCAGAACCAACGUUCAGAGGUGUACCACAUGCCCGGGAACUUCUCCAAGCAUGGAAUCCAGCAGAAGUUUUGCAUCAAAGACACACCUAAAGGUGGCAGCGAGUUCUGGCCUGAGGGGAAGUACUGUAUAUAUAAGAAAGGUGUUUGCCCAGCUAAUAUGAAGGACGGUUACGUUCGCUGGGACGACGAGCAAUCUGAGAUUGACUUGAAUGAUAAGCACCAGGGAGACCUUCCAGACGGAGUUUACGACAAGAGUCACACCACUAUUAACUACUGCUGCAGUACAAAAGGCAAUGUGAAUAAUCCCAUUCAGCUACCGGCGCUAAAACCCUUUUAUCUGCUUACCUACGGCUCUGCACAAUGCCAAAAGGUGUCUGGUACUAAAGUGACGAGCGAGUUUAUCAAGUUCGAUGAUGACGAUGAAGGGAAUACAGAUUAUGCAGACGGGGCCCAUCCGUAUGGACCAAGCGAGGACCCCUUCAACCUGAAAAUCUACUACUGCUAUUAUGAACCAGGUCAAGAGAGCGAGGAUGACAUCGGAACCGGAAAAGACGUCAAAAGCAAGGUCCCCACGGGCAAGUCUUCCUCUGGGUUUGCUGUUGCGAUCGGGUGCGGUGUGGCGGGUGCCAUCGUGGGCACCGCGUCAAUUGCGUUCGCCACGAAAAGGAUCCUCGCACACAAGGCCCGAGCUGUGUACGAUGCUGUGGACCCCCAGCCCGAUGGACCUUGAUGGACCUAAGGGGACCUCAAGUUACCAAAUACGACCUCGAGGUACCAAACGGUCCCAAUUAUAGGUUGACAAUAAAAUCAAAAUAUCAUAACAUGGUCCGUUCUAGGUAGGGUGUUGGUCGCUGAUCGGAGCCAGGAAGUGAUUAUGUUUUAAGGACCGGAUUGAUUCGACACCUAAGGGGACACAUUCUUUGAAAAGACAAUGGACAUAUUGCCGAUCAUAUGAUCGUAGACAAGCUGCAGUUACACAAACUGCUUCUUCUGUAUAAUAUACCCACGGUUUUGGUAUUGUAAUAUAACGUUUAGAUUGUGAAGAUGCAACUAGAAUAGGCCAUAAGAUAUACGACGAAGCACCCGUUCUUUAUAGCGCGCGGAGAAAAAUAUUAAUUCUCACUAAACGUAAGAGCAAGCUAAAGAGAGCGCAACAGUGCGUCCUAAUAAAAGCAGCUUUAAAAAUGAGUGCGCCAUUAUUGUCGUCACACCGCCACCGUUCGUAAUAUUAAAUGACUAAAUGUAUAUGAAUAAGCCUUAGUUCAAAUGCCGCUCGUUUCAUGUGCCGUUCCGAACGGAAAAAUGCAUACAUAUGUUUUAUUUUGAUUGCAUUUGGAUGGGCUUAUCCAAGAUGACUUUGGACUCAAGUAAAUUAGCUAGAAGUUAUCCAUACGCAUCUAUGUCAUAUCCAUGAAUCAAAAAUUAACUAUACUAUUCAUUAUUGUGAAAUGAUAUCCUGUUUGAUAUUUCAGUUGAAAUAAAUUUGUAAAUAUCUGGUA